GUGAAUCUCUCCCACUCUGCCAACAAUUUAAUCUUCGACCGAAUGCUUUGCGUGCUCGAUUGAUGGCCCUGGUGCUUACGAUCAUGCAAUGCAAGCGGGCUUGAUUCCGACAGCUUGAUCCGUCAAGGUUGCGCACCUUGAAUGAUUGGCACGCAGCGUUACAGAAAGAGAGGCGAGCAGACCAUCGCCGGAGAAGAUACAUGUUCCACGAAGUUUGGCAAUCUCUUGGUUGGCAAUCUUCGGAGUGAGUCAUUUCUGGAUUAGAUGACGUGUUUUGGUCAAAUGGGCGCCGCCGCGGUUGAUUUGAUUUCUUCACGUGUUUGUGAGUCGUAGGGAGAUCUUUAGCUGGAUUGUACUCAAUGCUCACAUUUUCUGAAUUGCGCCAAAGCCUGCACGAGGCUGAUGAACGCUAUAUAGCCUACAUUGCAGCUCUGUCUAUCCAACCACUGCCGACGACAGAGCCUCAUCUGGCACAUUACAUCCGCACAUGAAUUGGAACCGCUUUGUUCAACUCUAGACUGAGUAUUGUCCUUUCAAACCAGCGUCGUGAGAGGACUUUGCUGUGCGUUAUUAUGUAUCCCAACCGUUUUCUCCCCCGUGGGAUUCAUGGAAAUCGUCACUUUAUCACGUUCAGCUGUCCCUUUUAUCGUUGGACCUCGUAAGGCUUGCGCCGGUGACGUUCCUGAAAUUAGUGUAGGAUCUGGGGCGAGAUUUGACGGAAACAAGUGUGGAUCAAGACCGAGGAUCAGAGUGAAUUUAGAGUCGGAGAUUAAAUCGACGCGUCAAAUUGGGUACUUCACGAGAUUCUCUCUUCUUCGGAAUAGGUGCAUAAAAACCGGGUGGAAUUUGUGGAGUACUCCUUCACAUUUGGAUUCUGUUCCACGUUAUUUAAGGCGCCUGCAAGCAACGGCACUGGGAAGGCCUUCCGCCAAAGGACAAUUAACAAAUUUGAAGUCCUUGGCCCUUGAAUCUGUGCAUUCUUUCGUUCCAGCGCCUUUAUAUUUUAUCCCAUUAGUUUCAAGAAGGCUUGAAAACUCAAUUCCAGGAAGGACCCUUUUUUCGUCCUCGGCACGCGCGCAUCCUGUCGAAUCAGAGAUGUGUAUCGGAAUGGAAAUCUGCGAGGAUCUCAAGAUCGAAGAUGCAAAGCUUCUAGCAUACGGAGCUCAAAUUUUGUCUGAGGUGCCAGGCAAUAUUAUCUUUACGCCAGAUAGAAAGUCCGGCUUGAACAAUGGAGGCUUCCUUGGUUUCAAGGCUUCAGAGAGCAAGCACACACACUCAGUACCGAUUGGUGUGUUCAAAGGCUUACGGUUCAUGUGCUGCUUUCGAUUCAAACUGUGGUGGAUGACCCAAAGGAUGGGAUCCCUUGGGAUGGAGGUUCCUCUAGAAACUCAGUUUAUGUUGGUAGAGAGUACAGACUCGCCUCCAUUUGGGGACGACAUGGACUGCCGCCCAGAGAAUAAUUCCGUCUACACAGUUUUUCUUCCACUACUGGAGGGAGCAUUCAGGACUUCUUUGCAAGGAAACGAGAAGAACGAAAUUGAGCUGUGUGUAGAAAGUGGAGAUCCUGUUGCUCAGACUUCAGAGGGCCUGCAUUCCGUGUAUAUAAACACUGGAUAUGAUCCAUUUGAAGUCAUAACAGGAGCUGUAAGGGCUGUUGAGAGUCAUAUGCAGUCUUUUACAAGACGAGAGAACAAGCGGAUGCCAGGUAUUCUAGAUUAUUUUGGAUGGUGCACGUGGGAUGCAUUCUACACAGAUGUCACAGCCGAGGGGGUGAUGGAAGGUUUAAAGAGUCUGGCAGAAGGCGGCUCUCCGGCUCGAUUCCUUAUUAUUGAUGAUGGAUGGCAAUCUGUUGCUGCUGACAAGCCACUAGACGUGACUGUAACUGAAGGCACACAAUAUAGCAGCAGGUUGACAAAUAUUAAGGAGAAUCAAAAGUUUUUGAAAGACGGAAAAAGCUUUGGUCUUCAUCACAUUGUUCCAGAGGUCAAGAACAAGUUUGACGUCAAAUAUGUCUAUGUCUGGCAUGCACUUGCGGGAUACUGGGGAGGAGUUCAACCCGAUGGCGAGGGAAUGGAGCAGUAUGAGUCUGUUGUGACAUAUCCUGUUCAUUCACCAGGUAUUUUGGGGAAUCAGCCGGAUAUGGCCAUCGACAGUCUUACAGUAAAUGGACUAGGCCUCGUCAACCCGAAAAAGGUUGCAGAUUUUUUUAACGAGCUCCAUGGUUACCUCAGGACGGCCGGAAUUGAUGGUGUGAAGGUUGAUGCCCAAAGUAUUUUGGAGACUCUGGGAGCUGGUUUUGGGGGCCGAGUGUCCAUCACAAAGCAAUUUAACCAAGCGCUGGAAGAAUCAAUAGCUAAGAACUUUCCUGACAAUGGGUGCAUCGCUUGCAUGUGCCACAACACGGACAGUAUCUACAGUUCUAAGCAAACUGCCGUUGUCAGAGCGUCAGAUGACUUUUGGCCGAAAGAUCCAGCAUCACAUACGAUUCAUAUUGCAUCCGUGGCAUAUAACACCUUGUUUUUGGGGGAGUUCAUGCAGCCUGACUGGGACAUGUUUCAUAGCUUGCAUCCAGCAGCUGAGUAUCACGCUGCCGCUCGUGCCGUAGGUGGAUGUUCAGUUUAUGUGAGUGACAAACCAGGAAAUCACGACUUCGACUUGCUUAGGAAAAUCGUUCUCCCCGAUGGAAGGGUGCUUCGUGCUCAGUUACCAGGAAGACCUACUCGCGAUUGUUUGUUUACUGAUCCAGCUCGUGAUGGCGUCAGCUUGUUGAAGAUUUGGAACUUGAAUCUGUUCGGGGGAGUUGUAGGCGCCUUCAAUUGUCAAGGUGCUGGUUGGUGUAAGGUUAACAAGAAGAAUGCCAUACAUGAUACUGCACCAAAAGCCAUCACUGGUAGCGUGCAUGCAAGUGACGUGGACUCUCUAGCCAAAGUAGCUGUAGAUGGCUGGAAAGGAGACUGCGUUGUGUAUACACAUCGUGGAGGCGAGUUGAUUCGCCUGCCACGAGGGGCCGCGAUCCCGCUGACGCUCAAAGUUUUGGAGUUCGAGAUUUUUUCAAUUUCUCCUAUAAAGACCUUAGCGCCAGGUAUGUUUUUCGCCCCAAUUGGACUUAUCAACAUGUUCAACUCCGGCGGGGCAAUCGAAACCCUUGGGUAUGAAAUACUGGAACACGACCUGCUCAACAUGUACAACAUGAGUGGAGAUUCGGAGCCUAUUGAGGGCUUGAACGAAAACAUGACAUGGAGCAAUGAUUUUAGCCAACAAGCCACUUCGAAUAAUACUCAGGUACCACUGGCCUUAGUUCGAAUGAAAAUAAGAGGGUGCGGACUGUUUGGAGCGUACUCAUCAAAGCGGCCAAGAUUGGUAUUCGUGAACUCUGAAAUCGCAGAGUUCACGUAUGACUUUCAAACUGGAUUUUUGAAACUGGAUCUACCAAUCUCAAAAACGGGAGAAAGUUGGGAUCUGAUUAUUGAGGUGUAAAUGUUCUAAAUUGUCUUUGAGACUAUCCAUAGUUGUAAAUAUAGAUGGGGAGAGUAUUAAGUGCAACUGCCAUAUGUCUCUGAAGCUAAUCUGCAUGUUCAUGCCCACUUAACAUGAAUAUACAGAUUAGCUUCUCCCAAGUUGCAGCACCUUGGGAGCUCUCCUAGUCGGAACAUCUCCCUGCAACUUAGCAUCUCCCAAGUUGCAGCACCGGACUGCACUUGGUGUAAACCACGUCCUCUAAAUUAUCACUCAUGAAUGGGUGGGUGUUCUGAAGGCGGAUUGCCCAAUGAACUACCGGGAUAACCUCCGGAAUCUCUGCCAAUAAUUACGAAGGGGAGAUAUGAGAGUUAAGCCUUGUUGGAAUUCCCGAAUGGAUGGUGUAUCGAUGCAUUACUCUGCAUGGGAAGGUAGAGAUACUGUCAGUCCUGAGCAGGAAUGUGGUGUAGUUGCUAAGUCCGAGUUUUGGUAACUUAUUUUUCCAUCUCCGCGUGAGAGGAUGAUUCUUUCACUUCAGUUUGAAGUGCACAUGAAAUAAAAUAAAUAUAGGAAGAUACCGU